AAGAACCGCUCCCCCCACGCCAAGAUGCUGAUUCUCCUGGCAUUUAUCAUCCUCUUCCACAUCACUUCAGCUGCCCUUUUGUUCAUCUCUACAAUUGAUAACGCCUGGUGGGUUGGCGAUGGCUUCUUCACAGACAUCUGGCACCAUUGCUUCAAUGAGAGCAACUGUACAGCCCUGGACCAUACCCUUCCAGAAUACCCGUCUAUCCAGACUGUCCAAGCCACGAUGAUCUUGUCCACGAUUCUUUGCUGCGUGGCCUUUUUCGUCUUCCUCCUUCAGCUCUUCCGCCUGAAGCAAGGCGAGCGGUUUGUGUUGACCUCCAUCCUCCAGCUCUUGUCCUGCCUGUGCGUGAUGAUCGGGGCCUCCGUCUACACCGACCGGCAGGCGGAGCUGCACCGGGGCUCCAGCUACGGCCCGGCUGGGGUGGAGAGCGGCCGGUUCGGCUACUCCUACGUGCUGGCCUGGGUCGCCUUCGCCUUCACCCUGCUCAGUGGCCUCAUGUACCUCGUCCUGAGGAAGCGCAAAUAAA